AUGAGUGUGUUCUCUGCAGCCAGGGAAUGGGACCUUGAUAUCGAUCGCUACCUCAAUCGCAUCAUUCCUCCUUCACCGCUGCACAAGCUUCCGACGCCGGUGUCGAGGUUCCUUGGGUAUAGAAGGGAGACGCGUCAAGAUGUUGGGAACAUACUUGGAGCGUUCUGGUCGCUGUUGGGCGCGUUCUGCGGUCUGGCGGUCGUAGCGGCAGUCUUCAAUAAUACGGACAGCAUACAAUGGCAUCAGCCGCCAGCGUUGAUCGCCUCAUUCGGUGCCUCUGCGAUUCUUGAGUACAACUCUAUACGCUCGCCACUCGGUCAACCGCGCAAUGCCCUCCUCGGCCAUGGAAUCUCUGCACUCAUCGGCGUCGGCAUAUCGAAACUGUUCCAAUAUCACUCGGAAUUCGAUUCGAUACGAUGGAUUGCAGGCGCUAUAGCAUGCGGUUGCGCGUCUGCCGUCAUGCUCUUGACCAACACUGUGCAUCCACCGGGCGGCGCAUCCGCGGUGCUUGCAGCCACAGACCCUGUCAUCACAGCCAUGGGCUGGUACUUCGUCGGCCUUGUUCUGUGGGGUACUACUCUUAUGAUUGCAGUUGGGCUGGUCAUCAAUAACAUCCAGAGGCAGUUCCCGAUAUACUGGUGGACCCCUUUGGAUCUGCAGAAAGUGAAGAUUGGGGAUGAAGAGGUGGUGCCAGAUGCGACGGGCGGUUUAGAACGAAAGAAGAGUGCAGAUGAGCAACACUAUGACUGCGAAAGGCACAGGAUUGAGAUCAACGGCGCCCGGAUUACGUUGCCAGACGAUUUGAACUUGAAUGCGGAAGAGACGAGAGUACUGGAAAAGUUACAAGGAAAAUUACGAGAGAGGGUCGACGAGGAGACAAAGCCUGUAGAUUCAGAAAAGGAAGAAGCGGAUAGCGAAAGGAGCAGUGCUGAGUUCACUAUGGUGCCGAGCAACAGCGGGAGCAGUCACGGUAUAUAG